GAGCUCAAAAUUACCAAAACGAUGAAGAAACUAUAAGGAAAACACGGUCAUGGCACCUUCGUUAUCCAACAUCACUAUUAAAUGCUAAAAAAUAUAGUUUACGUAAACAUUCAGCAUGUUCACUUCCUCAAAUAUAACCGCGUGUAGUGCACAUAUAUACCGAGUCUUGCCAGCCACAAAAUCUACGCAAACACACACACACACAAAAACACACACUGCAGGACAUUGUACAUAGGGCACAUUGUUAUUGGAAAGUAAGAUGUAAAUAACACUAAGACUUGGGACAUUUAAUAUUUACAUGUAUUAAUUUUAAGUCGAAAGCUUUAUGGUCCUGCGCUACAGGGUCCCACCCCUUCUCUCCGGGAACCACUGGCUGUUUACAUGACCGGUACCGAGCUGGAAUGGAGACCAUCUGACUAAGAGUAUAAUCUCUCCCGUGCAGAUCUGAAUCACCCUGCCCGCUUUUCCGAGGGGCAGCCGCGUUAGAUCCCUCUCUUCUUUGCCCCCCAACGUGCCUCUAGCAGGCAGCAACGACCGACGCGCGGAGACCGCGGCCGAAAGCGAAGACCGUCAUAGCGGCAUCGGGAGAGCCAGCGCCGCGCCGCGCCGCGCCGCUUCCUGAGCUUUGGGAUACAGGGACUGAUUUGCUGCCACCAUGGAGGUUCAGCCUCAAGGUCAACAGUCCGAGCAUCAGCAGCAGAAGCCUUUGCAGCCAGAUAUGGGGCACAAUGCCCUAGUAAACUAUGAAAUCGGGAAGAUGAUCGGAAGAGGGCAGUUCAGUGAGGUGUACCGCGCGCGGUACUUGCUGGACAACACGUCCGUGGCAUUGAAAAAAGUACAGAUAUUCGACUUGAUGGAUGCCAAAGCGCGGCAAGAUUGCAUCAAAGAAAUAGACCUCCUUAAGCAAUUGAACCAUCCCAAUGUAAUUAAAUAUCACGACUCGUUCAUUGAAGAGAACAAGCUGAAUAUUGUCCUGGAACUUGCAGAUGCGGGGGACCUGUCACAGAUGAUAAAGCACUUCAAGAAGCAGAGGCGGCUUAUUCCGGAAAGUGCCGUGUGGAAAUACUUCGUCCAGCUGUGCAGCGCUCUGGACCACAUGCACUCUCGGCGCGUCAUGCACAGGGACAUAAAACCAGCCAACGUGUUCAUUACUGCCACUGGGGUAGUUAAACUGGGAGACCUGGGACUGGGAAGAUUUUUCAGCUCUAAAACCACAGCCGCCCACUCUCUAGUGGGCACCCCUUAUUAUAUGUCUCCAGAGAGGAUACAUGAAGACGGAUACAACUUCAAAUCUGACAUCUGGUCACUAGGCUGUUUACUCUACGAGAUGGCUGCCCUCCAGAGUCCUUUUUACGGGGACAAGAUGAACCUUUACUCCCUGUGUAAGAAGAUCGCGCAGUGCGACUACCCUCCCCUGCCCUCUGACCAUUACUCUCAUGAGCUCAGAAAGUUAGUAGACAUGUGCAUCAACUCCGACCCCGAGAAGAGACCCGACGUCACCUAUGUGUAUGACAUCGCUAAACAGAUGAAGGCAAUCAUGCUUAGUAGUCCGCAGUAAACAAAAGAAAAAUAAAAAAACUAAGUAUCACGGUUAUUCAGCCUCUGCUUUCGCAAAACAAAGACACAUCGAGGUCUUUUACAGUGUUGGUUACAGUGUAACUAAGCACUGCAGUUCAGGUCGAAUGGUUUUAAAUGAAGUAACACGAUUGUUAGUACUGCAGUUCUUGUGCUCUAAACCCAAAGUAACCUAUUAAAGUGUGUGAUUUUUAUCAACUGUCAUGUAAAAAAUACCAUCUGGUACAGUAAAGGGAUCCUAAAUGUAUGUGCCACUUAGAAAAUUCAGCUGAUUUUGAGAUAUUUAAAUUCAUUUGUCCCAAUUCUUGCCCAUCUGCUAAAUCACCCCAUAAGCAAACAGGGUACACAGUCAAGGUGUAAUACUGUACCUGCCUAGAUGAAGACAAGUAGCCAGUUUUCACUGUGCACCAGUGCCCGACUGUAAAUGUCGCUGGUACUGAAACAAGACGGUGGUCUAUGAAUGUAAAAACGACGCAACAUAGGAUAUCAAAAAAUCAAGCAAGUAAUCGAUACAGUGCCUUUCAGUGCAAUUCUUAUUAAUUUGCCGGGGAUUUACAGCCCAGGGAGGUUAUUUUAGGGAAAAUUAGCAUUAAAUUGAACUUUAAUUCAUGCAAUAUAAGUUUUCAAUAAGUGCAUUUUUAUCAGAAGUAUAAAGAUAAACAAUAUCCCCAUAGGUGUAAACCUUAAAGUGCUAGUAUGUACAACAGUCACUGUUUUAGUUAAUUAAUUUAGACAUUUUUUUCUUAUUGUUCAUAAUGAUGCAAUUUGCGUUCAUAUUUCAAGUAUGUUUACUUUGUUUCAUUUUAUUGGGAGAAUUUUUUAACAAAAUCUGUUUAUGUAUGUAUGUGCAUGCCUGUAUAUGUGUGGGGGAGGUUAUGUUUAUAUCACAUUGUGGGGACCAAACAUUCCCCACAAUGUAAUAAAAACCUGUUAUUUUGACCUUGUAGGGAGCAUUUUUCAGGUCCUCACAAAGAUCUGUGAAUGCACUCAGAAAAGUAAAUAUGGACAAAGUCUCAAUAAAAGUCUUUUAUUUAGGGCUGGAUGGGGGUUAAGAUCGUCAUGUUGGGAUUAGGGUUUGCCCCAUAGAAAUGUAUGGAGAGUCCCCACAAAGAUAUAAUUACAAACCUGUGUGUGGGGGGGGCAUGCCUGGAAAAUUGUGACUCUCGUGUUCUAAAUUAUUGAUACAUAUUAUUUCAAAAUUGUCAUCGUGCACUCGGUCUGAUGUAUCAAGAUUUAAGGGUUUUAAGUAAGAAUGACGGAAUGUGCUCAUAUUUGCCAACCUUGAUUUUUCAUUUCACUCCUAAAUCCCUGUAUGAGCGAGAUCUUUUUUGGCAUGGUACUCAGACGGAAGCAUUUAUAAAGGCAGCUUUAGUUCCGUAUCACUCUAAAAGACUACAUGCCAUGUUAAUUCAGGCUUCUCUACGCAGACAAGCCUCAGCCUUAUUGUAUGGGAGUUUUCAACGUUAAGUUGUUAUGGCUAUCAACUUCUGCACUAUUAGUUGAAAAAUGUAUGCAUUAUCUGUUUCGUUUGCACAGGUGUCACCUUAGCUUCUGGUUGACUCUUUUUCCCUGCUAUUUAUGUAAAAGUAACCCUAGAUUAUGAAUAAUUAUGCCAAUAAAACAUUUAGCUAAACUUCUAGCAACUGCAAAAUUAAACUGAUUUGUGCCUUUCAAUUCUGAUUUUGUCACAUAUAUUUUUCACUUUUCAAUUAUGGAACACAGUGUAGUCUGGUUUAAUUCGAAUGUGUCCUUGACAUGUGGCUAAAAAGGCAAAUAAAAGAGUUGAUUUAA